AUGGAUACGAUAGCUAAGCUCCAGGUCGACGCCCGCGGAUACGUCACCGACGAGGCGCGCGACAAGGUGUUCAGGCAGCUCCUCGCCCAGACGGAAAACGCCGUGUGCAUCGACUGCAACGCCAGAAAUCCGACAUGGGUGUCGCUGACCUACGCCGUGCAUCUGUGCCUCAACUGCUCGGGGAAGCACAGGCAGUUCGGAUCUCACAUCUCCUUCGUCAGGUCCGCCGACAUGGACAAGUUCACGCGGGAGCAGCUCAUACGCAUCGCUCACGGCGGGAACGCGCGCGCUAAGACCUACUUCAGGCAGAUCGGGCUCACCAGGCAGCCGUACGACUACGCCUCGCCGAUGGCGCAGAGGUACCCCGCCAUGUUGGACGCCGAACUCGGCACCGUGCGAGAACAGGCGCCAGAAAGGUCGUUCUCGCAGAAGCAGCCAUCGAGCGACCUGCUGGACCUGGGAAAUGACGACGCAGCGCCCAAGCGCGUUGAACAGACUGGCACUAUGUCCAGCGGGUUAACCAGCAACGCAACUGCGGCGCCCAGGGCUUCGACCGGUAUCGGUUCAAUGACACUCGGCAGAGGCUCGAGUGACGCCACGCGCAGCUGGGGAACGCGUACAGGCUCCGGAGGGCACGGCGCGGGCUUCGGCGGCAGGGUCGAUCUGGACUUCGACGCCUUUGAAAGGUCAAUUAUCAGCGAGGCCGCACAGAAGAAAAACUUAAUCGCAACACGCACCACGGAGCCGACGCCACAGGCGCGGGAGCAGACGCCUUUGGUAACCUUUGCGCCACCCACCAGCUCGCCACAGCAGUACGCACCGCCGCCGGACAUGAGCAGGUUCGCCGGCAAAACUGGAAUCUCCUCGGACCAGGUGUUCGGACGCGGCGCGUACGCGCAGCACGCGCCGAUGAACGUCACGCUCAACCCGCACAAGACGAGCUUGUCCUCGGACGAGUACUUCGGCAGGCCGCCCAAGUCCCGGGGCAACUCCGAGACCUUCGAGGAGCGCGCUGUACAAAACAUCAAGGAAGGAAUCGCCAUUGCGUUAAAGGAGGGUAAUAGAUUAGUGGGAAUGGCCAAGCAGUGGUUCAGCAGCCACCAACAUUAA